AUGAUACAAACAGCAACUUCGCUUUCUGAGAUGAUCUCACAACCAAGAUCCGACAUCACAAAGGAGAUGAGUCAGUUUGAGCUUGUCCGUCUGGCGAAACAUCUCGCCACUGCUGUGCUCUAUUUUCAUUCUACACCAUGGCUCAAUAAGGCAUGGCGAAGUGAGGAUGUUCACCUUUUCAAUCGUCACGGCACCACUAUUGAUCAAUCACAGCAUGUCAUUCCUUAUAUGACGAGUUCUGUUUCGACCGAGUCCCAGCAAGCAUCCCCAGCGUACCAUCGCUUUAUUCGAAAUCCCGUCCUAUUCGGACUCGGCGUUAUGUUCCUCGAGCUCGCUUUCCAAGCCCCUCUCGCAUAUCUGACACGGUCGAUCGAUCUUCGAGAAGGUGGUGACUCAGAUUUUGUUGAGUAUUUUACGGCCCACAGAGUGAUAGAGAUGAGCCAUAGCAAGAUCAGCAAGAGCUUCAAAGAGGUCACCAAACGAUGCCUGUACUGCGACUUUGGGCAUGACAGUGACUUUACAAGUCCUGCCCUUCAGCAGGCUUUCUACAACAAAGUCAUUGCGGUUCUUGAUGGCCUGGAAGACGUCUAUAGAGACCUUCAGGAUGACUGA